AUGCAGAUCUUCGUCAAGACCCUCACCGGCAAGACCAUCACCUUGGAAGUCGAGUCUUCCGACACUAUCGACAAUGUCAAGAGCAAGAUCCAAGACAAGGAAGGCAUCCCACCAGACCAGCAACGCUUGAUCUUCGCGGGUAAACAGCUCGAGGACGGCCGCACCUUGUCCGAUUACAACAUCCAAAAGGAAUCCACACUGCACUUGGUCUUGCGCCUUCGUGGCGGUAUGCAAAUCUUCGUCAAGACUCUCACCGGCAAGACCAUCACACUUGAGGUGGAAUCCUCUGACACCAUCGACAAUGUCAAGAGCAAGAUUCAGGAUAAGGAAGGCAUCCCACCGGACCAGCAACGCUUGAUCUUCGCUGGUAAGCAGCUUGAGGACGGUCGCACUCUGUCCGACUACAACAUUCAGAAGGAAUCCACUCUUCACCUGGUCCUCCGUCUACGUGGUGGUAUGCAGAUCUUCGUCAAGACCUUGACAGGAAAGACGAUUACACUUGAGGUUGAAUCUAGCGACACAAUUGACAACGUCAAGUCAAAGAUUCAAGAUAAGGAGGGUAUUCCUCCAGACCAGCAGCGCCUCAUCUUCGCCGGCAAGCAGCUUGAAGAUGGACGCACUCUCUCCGACUACAACAUUCAGAAGGAGUCUACCCUCCACUUGGUGCUUCGUCUCCGCGGUGGAAUGCAAAUUUUCGUCAAGACCCUGACCGGCAAGACCAUUACACUUGAGGUUGAGUCGAGCGACACUAUCGACAACGUAAAGUCAAAGAUCCAAGACAAGGAGGGUAUCCCUCCUGAUCAGCAGCGUCUCAUUUUCGCUGGCAAGCAACUCGAGGAUGGCCGAACGCUUUCUGAUUACAACAUCCAGAAGGAGUCGACGCUCCACUUGGUGCUCCGUCUUCGUGGUGGACAGUAA